CGUAAGAAUUUUGUCGCUUGGGGUUAAGCGUGAAUAUUAUUCACGAAAUGGGUUGCGUGAAAAACUGACGUGCGAAUAAAUGUGAAGAUAUUUUUCACAAUGAAAUUAGUGGGAAACAUUUUCACGCUUGUCCGCAAGUGAUAUUCUUUCACGGAAAUUUUAACGUGAGAAAUUCACGUGCGGCCACUACACACUUCACGACUUUCACCUGUGAUCACGUGCAAAAAAUAUGACGCGGAUCGUUUUCGUGACCAGUUCACCCGUUGUCACAAGUGGAAUAUAUUUUUCACACGUGCUCACACACCAUUUUACGAUGUUCACGUGCGACGACAAUUCAUUUCACGCGUGUGCACACCGCGGUACCUACUAAACUUUCCCCAUGGGUAUAGUCACUAUGGUUCUUUCUUUGACAUGUGAAUAUACGACAGAAUUAAGAAAUGUCACCGUGUCGGCGUAUUCAGCUGCUUUCCUCACAGACAUUUUCGGAGUGGGAUAAUGUUCGAGUGUUAUUCGGUACUGAUUCUCUGCAGGAUCAGUCUUACUUUCUUUUACUGUAAACAGUGUAAACGGCAGUACAAGUUAUGUUGCUGAGCGUUUCAGUCACAUCCGCGCCGUAGAGCGGAUGUUCAGUCACAGCGAAUUUUUAAUGAGACCACAAAGGACCUCUCUAACAGAAACAAUGUUGUCAAAACUGACAUGUUUGAAAUGUAAUUUUCAUUGGUUACUUUGAAGAAGUUUCAAUUCUAUGUGUUAUUGCUGUUGAUUUUUAAUACUUUGCGCGGAUAAUAAAAGAAAAGAACCAAGCGGAGUUGAAACGGAGUUGGAGUUGAACUUCGGCGGAGUUGCCCAGCCCUGAAAACAGUUAUGUAUAUUAUAUGUGAAAUUAUAUGAACGAUAAUAUUAAUAAUUAUCUUGUCUUAUUCAUCUACGUAUGUGCAGCACAUAUUUUUGUCUCUUUCGUGUCUGCUAUUCAGCAGCGAAUUGUUGAUCAUUUCAUAAUAUUCUCGAGAAUGAAAAAAGUAACGUUAGUUGUUGAAUUGUUAAUAACGUAGAAGGACAAGGCAUGAAUCAUGAAAUCGUUAUUAUGCAAGAAUCAAUCUUAGUUAUAUGGCCUCUUCCAAAAGCAACACUGAGACUACGUUUACUUCUACCGUUUCUAUUCAUUAUAACCGGUUUCGGUUAACUGUGACUGGUGUAUGCUUAAUAUCAGCUCCCUAGAGUCGUUUUUGCACCUUUUUAACUGUCUGCCUUCCUUUCUUUAUAGGUAACCUAUCGGACGGUAGCUGUCUCUUAGUCAGUUCGUUUGGUGAUCCUCUGAGACAAGGCGAUAAAUUUGGUAUUCUACUCAAUUUAACUCAGAGUGAAAUGAAAGUUAUUUCUUCCUGAACGACAAACCAUUGGGUUUAGCAUUUCAUCUGCAAGCACCAUAUCCGAAGCCUCUGUUUCCAGUCGUCGGUUUUACAUACAGUGGUAAAGCUACUAUCACUCGUUCACAACAAAUUCCAACUUCGCUCGAUCGUCAGGCAGCACAGUUCACCGGUAUUGAAGGACAUUGGAAAUUGGUUGACUAUCCACGACAUAGCGAUUGCACUGGCUUUAAAUUUCAUCUGAUUAAACAGGAGGCACAUACUUUUAGCCUUUCAACAAGUGUUAUUAAUCAUCUCAGCUGUACACUUCACUAUGAUCCGUCAACGAAUAAAUGGCAUCACCAAGACGCUAUAAGUACAAUGAUGGGAGGUGAUUCGGAAUCGAUGCGAAAAGAAGGUAUUAUUAAUCAUUUGAUCGCUCAUAUACAAACUAUUGAAUCUCAAGGUCAAAAAUUGGUUAUUAUAUCAACUGAUGGGGAUAAAGUUGUACUGGAACGUUAUACGCCUGAUGCACCGCAGGCACAUACGAAAAAUGUUUUCUCAAAUGAAGAUUGA